AGAAAGUAUAAAUACAGCGGGCUCCGCAGCCGGCGCGGAGGCUGCGGGGGAGCGGCCGAGAGCCCGGCGAUGGGGCGGCCGGGCCGGGCGAUGGGGCGGCGGGGGUGGUGGCUGCUGUUGGGGGGCCGGGCUCCGCUCCACUUGCUGCUGCUGUGCCACGCGUGGGCGCUGCCGCCGCCUCCGCGGGAGACGCAGCCCCUGCUGCCCGCCCGCUUGCCCGCACCCCCGGGGCAACUGGCCCUGCGGCUGGCCGCCUUCGGCCGAGCCGUCGUCCUCCGCCUCCGCCCCGACGCCGCUUUUCUGGCCCCCCGCCUCCGCCUCCAGCGCUUGGGGGGCCGGCGACCACCGGGACGGAGCCCGCCGCGCCGGGGCUGCUUCUACGCCGGAGCCGUCGAGGGGAGCCCCGAUGCCCCCGCCGCGCUCAGCCGCUGCGGAGGAGGGCUCCGAGCCGCUUUUCUCCUCGACGGGGCGGCUUACGAGCUCCAGCCCCUCGGGCAUCCCUGGCCCGGACCCCCCUGGAGACGCCUGCACCGCCUCCAGCGCCGGGCCGCCCCCACGGGGGCUCCCCCCGCCGCCGCCCCCGGCCCCGGGGAGCCGCUCCGCCGGGCCAAGCGCUUCGUCUCCCAGGCGCGGUACGUGGAGACGCUGCUGGUGGCUGAUGCCUCCAUGGUGCGCUUCUACGGGGAGGACGUGGAGAACCACGUCCUGACCCUGAUGUCCAUGGCGGCUCGCAUCUACAAGCACCCCAGCCUGAAGAACUCCAUCAACUUGGUGGUGGUGAAGGUGCUGGUGGUGGACGAGGAGGCGGCGGGGCCGGAGGUGUCCGACAAUGGCGGCCUCACCCUGCGCAACUUCUGCAGCUGGCAGCAAAAGUUCAACCCCCCGAGCGACCGGCACCCGGAGCACUACGACACCGCCAUCCUGCUGACGAGACAGGACUUCUGCGGACACCAAAGCUGCGACACGCUGGGGGUGGCGGAUAUCGGCACCAUGUGCGACCGCAACAAAAGCUGCUCGGUGAUCGAGGACGAGGGCCUGCAGGCAGCCUACACCCUGGCUCACGAACUGGGCCACGUCCUCAGCAUGCCCCACGACGACUCCAAGACCUGCGAGCGGCUCUUCGGGCCCCUCGGCAAGCACCAUAUGAUGGCCCCUCUUUUCAUCCACUUGAACAAGACCCAGCCCUGGUCCCCUUGCAGCGCCAUGUACCUCACCGAAUUCCUGGACGGAGGGCACGGUGACUGCUUGCUCGAUGCCCCGGCCGAGCCCCUGUCCCUGCCGGCCGAGCUGCCCGGCCGAGGAGCCCUCUACAGCCUGGACCAGCAAUGCCAGCAGAUCUUCGGCAAGGACUUCCAGCACUGCCCCAACACCACCGAGGAGGACAUCUGCACCCAGCUUUGGUGCAGGACGGGCAGCGGGGAGCCCCUUUGCCACACCAAGAAUGGCAGCUUGCCCUGGGCCGACGGCACCCCCUGCAAAGCUGGGGGGCUCUGCUGGGACGGUCACUGUGUGCCCCAGGACACCCUGAAGCCCCAGCCGGUGGUGGACGGCGGCUGGGGGCCGUGGAGCCCCUGGGGUUCCUGCUCCCGGACCUGCGGUGGCGGCGUGCAGUUCUCCUACCGCCACUGCGACAGCCCCAAGCCCCAGCACGGCGGCAGGUACUGCGAGGGCCAGCGAGCCAAGUACCAGUCCUGCCACACCGACGAGUGCCCGCCGGAUGGGAAAAGCUUUCGGGAGCAGCAGUGCGAGAAGUACAACAGCUACAACUUUACGGAUCUGGAAGGGAAUCGCCUGGAGUGGGUUCCCAAGUACGCCGGAGUGUCACCCCGGGACCGAUGCAAACUCUUCUGCCGAGCCAGGGGGAGGAGCGAAUUUAAAGUCUUUGAGGCCAAAGUGAUCGACGGGACGCUGUGCGGGCCGGAGACCCUCUCCAUCUGCGUCCACGGGCAGUGCAUCAAGGCCGGCUGCGAUCACGUAGUGGGGUCCUCCAAGAAGCUGGACAAGUGCGGGGUGUGCGGCGGCAAUGGCUCGACCUGCAGGAAAAUCUCCGGCUCGCUCAACCGAUCCAAAUACGGCUACAAUGACAUCGUCACCAUCCCCGCCGGGGCAACCAACAUCGACAUCAAACAGCGCAGCCACCGCGGGGUCCGUCACGAUGGGAAUUACCUGGCCCUGAGGACCCUCGAGGGCAAGUACCUGCUCAACGGAGACUUUGCCAUCUCGGCCAUGGAGCAGGACAUCCUCAUUAAAGGCACCAUCCUGAAAUACAGCGGCUCCAUGACGACCCUGGAGAGGCUGCAGAGCUUCCGACAGCUCCCAGAGCCCCUGACUGUCCAGCUGCUGACCAUCGCCAGCGAGGUCUUCCCACCAAAAGUCAAGUACACCUUCUUCAUCCCUAAGGACGUCCCUUUCAGCAAGCAGAAAGGCAAAGAGAAGAAGUCGGCCAACGUCAUCCGACCGAUGCUGACCUCCCAGUGGGUGCUGGGCGACUGGUCCGAGUGCUCCAAGACCUGCGGCUCCGGCUGGCAGAGACGGACGGUGGAUUGCCGGGACGUGGAGGGUCAAUCCUCCACCGCCUGCGACAGAGCCCUCAAGCCCGAGGACAUCAAGCCCUGCGGAGACGUCCCCUGCCCUCUCUGGCGCCUGGGUCCCUGGUCCCCCUGCUCCCAAACUUGCGGCGAGGGCGUGCGGACGCGCAACGCCUCUUGCAUCGAUUACGCCGGUAAAAUCACCGCCCCGGAGAAAUGCAGCUCACCGGGGCCACCGCCGGCCACCGCCGCCUGCGUGCUACGGCAGUGCUGAGCCGGGGCGGGCUCGGCGGCCACGCACCGCGCCGGCCGGGAUGCCAGACAAAUCACCGACUCACCCGACGAAUAACCACUCUCCAGCGGUUCAUCCCCACCCCAUCGACGUCUACCUCAGAGGGGGGAAUAACGGCGGCCAAAAACAAACCCCCAAAAAAUGGGGAGGAAUCACUUCUUUUCUUUUCUUUCUUCCUUUCUUUCUGGCCGGCUGCUCGCAGGCAAGUUGUAGUUUAAGGGGGAAAACAAGCGUAUCGGUAGGGUGUUUCCAAAGAGCUGUUGUUAAACAUGGUUGGAGACUCUGUUUGCGAGGUUUGCUGGGGUUUGUCGCUGGAAAAAUAAUGCAGAGCCUGGCUUUGACGUCCCCCCGUCCCGGCUGCAGGUCGAGGAGGUCCAGGGUGGGCGGCUUUGCCGAUAAAAUCAGGAUCCCUUUGCAAAAAGCUUGGACCAGGUUGCAGUCCCCUGCCUGCCUGAGGGUGCCGUGAGGCUUAAUUAAUAAUUCAGUGCUUUCGCUGCGCAAUGCCCAUUGCGAUACCCCGUCCCCCCUCUGGAAGCGGGCACUUGGGUGUGACAGCCUUUCCUCUCCCGUCCCCGGCUUUCCGUCCCCCCUGUCCUCGUUUUCUCAGCUUUGCUUGAAUUUUGGAGAGGAUUUGGAUUGCAGCAGGGCUGAGCCCAGGAUCUGCAGAUGCUGAGCCUCUCCCAGCCCGUCGCGGCGACCGAGCUCUUCACCUCGGGAUACGUGAGGAUGCUCGGAUGUGGCGGUGGGGCUCCAGCCUUGCUCGAGCAACUCUCGGUGUAAAACCGAGCCUGGUAAGGCUGGAGAUCUUUAUUCCCGUGCAUCCAGCGCUGAGAGAGUGGAGAUGUGAUUUGGAAAAGUUUUGCUGUCGCUACAUGAGUGAUUUGGUAUCUCCAAGCUCCUCUCCUGAUGCCCCUCACCGCUGCCGUGCGGAUUCCUCUGCCUUGUCUCCCAGCAAAACCUUUCAUUUCCAGUGGGAACAGCCUUUUUCUCAUAGGAAGGGGAGAAAAGCUGGAGGAGGAGGGCUUGUGUUUGCGAUGUCUGAGCUUUCCCGUCUGUAAUUGCGGAGCGAAUCCUUUUUUUCCUGGCUCUUUUGCCUGAGCUAAGCUCCCAUGAGACCCUUUUCUCGCUGGCCGGGCAGGUUCGGGAUGGGACUGUGGGAUGAGCCGCUCGCCCAGAGCUGUGCCAGAAACCAUAAUCGAAAACCCGAGAUAUUCAGCUUUUAUCUCCCAUGGGUGAUCCCUACUGAAACCGAGGGGGCUGCAGCCAGGAACUGAGGGUACCGAGGGCUCGUCUCCCUCUUUUUUUUUUUCUUUUUUUUUUUGUUUUUUUAGGAAAGAAAAUAAAGGCCAGCUGCAGAGUUUGGAUGCAGAGCUGUUUGGGCUGUCGUUCAGACCUACCUUCGGGCAAAUGUUCUGCGCCUGCUAAUUAAAUCUCCAGGAAUUUAAGCCCUCUCUCUCGCUCUGGCAAAUAGCUGGAUGCUAAAGUCAUGAAGCCUCGCAGGGUUAUUUUUCUUUUUUCCCCCCUUUUGAGUCUGCGAGGGUUUUAACUCGAAGGCCAGCCUGCCUUUCCUCUCCAGCGUCGUAACCAGCGUUUAGGAUGGGUCAGAAAUUUCAGCCUGAGACGGUGCCAAGGAAAACGUCUGUAUUUAUCACAGAGGAGUCGUGCAUGCCAAGGGUCUCUUCCAGUUUGGUUUGUUGUUUUUUUUUUUUUUUAAUAUUCACUGCGCGGUCGCUUAGCUGGAGCUUCCUAGGUGCAAAAACUCCCUUCCUAGAUGCAAAAUCCCCCUUUCCUCGAUGGAAAAACUCUCCCUGCCGCCGGCAAAUCCUGCUGCUUUGCCAGCAAAGGGGAGGAUGGGGCGAUGCGGUGUUGAGGUGGGGGGUCCGGGUGAUGUUAAGUGGGAUUCCUGCCCUAGCCAUCCCGUAGCAACACGUAGCCUUUACGCUGAUUUAAGUCAAAGAGGUUAUAUAUUAGGAUAUAUAUAUAUGUAUAUAUACGUUUCCCUUCAGUGAAGGAUUGUAGCAGCGUACUGAGCCUCUUGUGUUAGGUAUUUAUUAUAAAUUUCUGGUUUGUUUUGUACAGUAGCUGUCUGGAAAGGACGGGGGGUGGGAAGGAAAAAUAAAAAAAAAGAAAAAAAAAAAAGACUGUCUGUGUCUUAACAUGCUGCUCCGGAACCUGAGCGGGGUCGGAGAGGGGAUGUCUCUGCUCGGCGUUUAACCACUUCGGUCAAUGGCUGGUGUCUCCCUCCUCCCCGGUGCCCCCAAAUCAGGGUGCAAGUGCCAACCGAGCUGUGUAAGCGUAACAAAUCCGACCCAAAUUAAGCUUUGGACUCUGAUUUUAAAGGGGGGAGAAAAUAUCAUUUCCCAGUUUUUAGCCUUUUGUUUGUAUUUGUUUUUAACUUUGAAAACAGUCUGUUUGUGACUCUGCCUUUACCCCCUCAAUAAAGGAUU